GCUGCUGGAAGCGCACAGCCAGUGGAUAGGAAGGCGCCGGGAGCGAGCGACAGAUCUCCUUCUCCAAAACAUUUACGCGCAGCAUCGUCUUUAUCUCUCCCCACGCAGCCUCGUCCACGCAAGGCAACCCCGCGCAGAGAGAAAAGUACAGCGGGAGAGGAAGAGGAGGAAGUUUUCACCCCCUUUUUUCUCCCCCGCCCCCCACCCGCACCCGCUCUGUCGGCGGAGAGCGCAGGGCUCAGCGGCACUGAAUGGUUGAGCCCAGUCCUCCAGCGCGGCACCUCCUUUCCAGCGUAGAUGCAAUCAUGGCCGACGUUGGUGUCAAAGUAGAGCGGGAGGAUGGCGGAGGACUUGGUGGAGUCUGCACCGUUUCUGAGCCUCCAAAGACGUCUCCUUUGCACCACUGGGCUGGGAAUCAGCCUGUCGAAGCACGCCAACUGACCCCCCCACUGUCACGCUCCCCUUCAGAGGCAUCUCCAGGAAAGGAACCUCCUCAAAGGCAAAGCUUGAUAAAGGAAGCUCCUCUUCAUGACCGGUCAGAUGGACAAUCCAGCUUCAAGGAAGUAAUGCCCACCAUUGAGAAGCUUCUGAAUCCCAACUGGAGGGAGAAACUUCAGGAUAAAAGCCCCACUAGAGCCGGACUGCUCAAAGGUACUCCUGAGUCUCUGGCAGAGAAGGAGCUGCAGUUGUUGAUGAUGAUCAACCAGCUGAGCGGACUGAGAGAGCAGCUGCUGGGGGCCCACUCGGAGCAGAGGAACAUGGCCGCGCUGCUGCUGGAAAAACAGCAGCAGCAGAUGGAGCUGGCUCGACAACAACAGGAGCAGAUUGCAAAGCAGCAGCAGCAGCUGAUCCAGCAGCAGCACAAGAUCAACCUGCUCCAGCAGCAGAUGCAGGUGAACAUGCCCUACGUGAUGAUCCCGGCGUUCCACCACAAUACACAACCCCUUCCGGUUGCCUCCGACCCCCCGAUGGCUCUGCCUCUGCAGCCAAUUCCCUGCAAACCAACGGUGGACUAUCCAAUGCAGCUGCUGCCGAACACUCACCCCUCCCCCGUCAAGAGAAGUAGCGGUUCAUUUCGACAGGAGGCCAGUCAACCCCUGAACUUGACCUCCAAGCCCAAAGGACUGGAGAUGAGGAAGACAUCCAGUCCACAGAGCCUGGAACUGGGAUCGUUGGCCUACAGACAUGGAGACCACCAGAGAGAAGUGUCCCACAGUCCACCACGAUCCGCCCUAAGUUUCCUAGGAGACGGCGACGUAGUCUCCCAAGCCAUUCACGAUGCCCAGCAGCUCCUGAGGAGUCACAGCGGCGGAGGCCGAGAGAGGGAGAGGGACGGAGGAGGAAAAGUGGAGUACAAAGGCUCUCCACGCAGCGGGAAAAUCUCUCAUUGUGAGCGAGAAGACCGAAACGAUGUGGCGACAACUGAAGACCACCUCAGCAGUGACUCAGAGAGUGCCCUCCCCGCCUCAGUUCCAGGAGGGUAUGCCGAGCCGCGACCCACUCCAUCCUCCGGACACAUAAAGAGACCCAUGAAUGCCUUUAUGGUGUGGGCGAAGGACGAGCGCCGGAGGAUCCUGCAAGCGUUCCCUGACAUGCACAACUCCUCAAUCAGCAAGAUCCUUGGCUCACGGUGGAAGGGCAUGUCCAACCAGGAGAAGCAGCCGUACUACGAGGAGCAGGCGAGGCUGAGCCGACAGCAUUUGGAGCGUUACCCAGACUACAAAUACAAGCCCCGACCAAAACGCACAUGCAUCGUGGAGGGCCGAAGACUACGGGUGGGAGAGUACAAAGCGAUGAUGAAGAGCCGCAGACAGGAGCAGAGAUCAACCUACAUGCACAGUCAAACAGAACCGCAGCAGAUGCAUUAUCCCCACGGUGACAGUCAGUACUCUGCCAGCAGCGCCAUCGCAGGAAUGCCGUUUCACCCCGCACUGCUGGAGCAUUACCUCCCUCAAGCCUCGCCAGCCCAGCGCCGACCUGAAGGCCAAGCCACGCCCCCCGCUUUGCCACGGGACAGGGAACGCGGAAGAGAGCGGCCGCAGUACAGCGGAGGAGAGGAAAGUGAUGGAGGAGAUAGGAGCGAGGGGGAGCUAGUGCUCCUGACAGACUGAGGGAGAUGAGGGGAGAUGAAGAAAAGUACUAUAGACACACUGUAAUGAGGCAGGCUCUAAUCAUUUUCUUCUUUAAACAUGCUUUUUGUUCAAAAAAGGCAAAAACAAAUCCCUUUUUGCUUUAAGAAAAACAAAACCCCCCAUAGGGAAGGAGAAACGCGGAAAGAAAAAGUUGAAAAGUCAUUGGUUUGUGCCUCUUUAACAUUGUUCAGCACUGCCCCCUUGUGGCAGAUGCUAUUCAUAGUAUGUUAUGUUGAGCUCUGGGGUUGUUUUAUAAAAAAAAAUAUUUAAAAUUAUGUUUCUCUCUACAAUGUGGGCUGUUUACACACAUUUUUGUUUGGGAGUGGAAAAAAAAAUAUUUAAGCUAAAUGAGAUGUUAAAGUUGACAGGAUUUUUUUUCCCACAGUGGCUCAGAGGAUAAACUUCAUUAACAUCAACAGUGUCACAUUUGCAGAGAAAUUAAUCUGCAGAACAAAUCUAGGCAGCUAAAAACAAACAUCACUUAAUUAAAAAUAAUAAUUAAGAGAUGAUUAAGAUCUUAAGACUUAAGGUUUGGACACUAUUGAAUUGUUUAAAGAGGUUGUGAGACUUCAGCUGCAAUAAGGUGAACUCUCAACUUUACACUAGCCCUCGGCGGUUACUUGGCAACACGUUUGUUUUGUCUCUUGGUACCUGUGUAAAUGCUGAUGCAGGCCAGGUAAUAUGUCAGUCCAGCCCUCAUUUCAGUUCCCACUCAGGUGGUGGGUUGACCUCAUUGUUCCAUCAGUUUGAGUGUUUAUUGAUUGUUGUGUUAAGCUUUUCUAUGUAUGUCUGCUGUGAUCUCUCUUUGCAUUUCCUUUUUUUUUUUUUUUUUUUUUUUGUACAACAUUAACAAGAGUUAAAAAAAAAAAAAUCCCAUAAUUUUGGAAGGAUUCCGAUUCCCUUAAAAAGCCAUUCCCUCACUAGGCUGCAAAACAAACAAAAUUACAAAACAAUGGUGCGUUUUUUUGACUUUUUUUUGCAUGACUUGAGAGUUAUUUGGUUUUGCAAAAAUCUCACAUGGACAUAACAUUUGGGCAAACAUUUGAAACUCCAUCCUCGCGUACACAGGAAUUCCUUCAAUAUAAAGUGUGUUCGCCAAUUCCAAAAUCCAGUGCCCUAGAAAUUUCCCAGAAGUCUCUGCGAAAAACCAUUGUGCAUCGAUCCUUACUAGAUUGACGAAUAUGGACCACGAUGCUCGUAUUGUAGGAAUUGCUUUUUAAAUCCAGGGCAUUAGAUGGUCCCACACUAUAGUUUUUCAGUAGUUAGGGUGUAGGGAAGGAAUUCAGACGUAGCCACAGACUCUUCCUUCUUUCAUCAGUCAGAGACCGUUUUGUUAAUGUUUUUUUAAAUGUUUUUGACACAAACCUGCUGGUUUAAAACACCAACAAGAACUGCAAAAAAACAACAUCAUUUUUUUAAAAACAUUUCAAAUAGUCUCCUUCAUAAGUUGAAUUACAACAGCUUAGCAAAAAAAAAAAAAGGCAGAUGACCCCCAAAAAUGCAUUUAAAGGUCACCCACUCAACAACACAUGCAACUGAUUUGCUAUACCGGUAUUUUUGUUCUUAGGAGGACACUUUUUUGGAUGCUUCCUCCAACAAAACAGUCAUUUUACAGACUUAUUGGUUCAGACAGUCCAGUGACUUAUACAGAAUCAUGAAUAUGAAGCAAAGUUAGUCAAGUUGUGGAGGAAAAGGCAAAAAUUCUGAUGAUAGACAAAGACCAUCCUAAAUAUGCAAAUAAAAGAAAAUAAAACUAUUUAUGACAACUCCUGCCUGCAUUGAACCAGUUUAGUUGAUUUGUUGUAAUGUCCCAGAACGAUCUUAUCGUAUCUCAUCCAAAAGUUCAGCUUAAAAUGUUCCUUCUGUAAUGAAAAUUCAACCUCUAAACUUAAUUUCUAGUAAUUAGGUUAGUUAUUUCAAAUUAAUAAAAUGCAGAGCAGACUACAAAUUUGUUGACUACUACAGACUACAAAGUCGUUAAAUUGCUAAAAAUUACAAUUUCUUGGUUGUAUGACACUGAUUUGCUUAAAGAAAUUAAUUUAAAAAAAUACAUAACUAGCCUUUGGCAACUCGCCUCUUUGACAAGUUUUUAUUUUGGCAGGACAUUUCUCAUGAUGUCAAAACAAGAAAGUGUUGAGGUUUGACCUAUGGAUUUAUUAAACCGAGCGUUUUACGCGUGAAUCAAUAUGUGUUCAGUCCAAUUUUACAUUAUUUUUAAAAAAUACUUUCUUUUAUGUACAGAGAUUAAAAAAUAAAAAUAAAGUGGAAACCUUUUAUUUUGGCGGACAGAUGUCGUUACCCAUGCUGAUGUAAAUAAAGAGACUUUAUUUUGUUUAUAAGAGCUUGUGUAAUUUAAAAGGUGUACAUUUGUCACUGUUUUCAGAGUUGUUGUUUUUUUUCCAAAGACAAUAAAUUGCUUGUGUUA